AUGGGAAACUUAGCAGGCAAAUUAGAGGAUAACUUUGAUUACAUCAAUCAAGGCCAAGCUUAUCAACCCAGAAAAACAGAGUCCUCAAUUCAUGGGCAGGACAUGGAAUUUAGCAAUAGAGAGGGUUAUUUGCAACAUAGGACUUAACAAUUUUCAGCAUUAGAGUAAAUACUCUCCAAAUAAUAUUUAAUAGAACUAAUUUGUAUGUCUCCUGCAAUCAUUACAAAAGAGAAGAGUGAACCUGGCUAGGAAUAGAACUUCUAUGCGCCACAAACAAAGGGAACAAGUGUAGCACCACUAAAGUCAAAAAAGAAUUUGACUAUUGACACUACAAAUGAUCCUGCGGCCUAGUCCACUAUGAUUGGCUAGCAGGACGAGAGUCAAGCAGCUAAUAUAGACGUAAAGCCACCAGUUUUGAAGGACUUCGACAUUGUGAGAGUCAUUGGAAAAGGAGGAUUUUCCACUGUAUUCUAAGUGCGCAAAAAGGAAGAGGGUUCUAUCUAUGCCAUGAAGUGUCUCAAGAAAGAGCAAAUUAAAAGGGAGAACAAGGUGAGACAUGUCAUGAAUGAAAGAGAAAUCCUUUAAAAUGUGAAACAUCCCUUUAUUGUAAAGAUGCAUUGGGCAUUCUAAUCUGAACAUUAUCUAUUUAUAGUACUAGAAUUCUGCCCAGGAGGAGAGAUAUUUUAUCACAUGAACAAAGUCUUAAGAUUCUCUGAGAGAGUUGCUAAAUUUUACUUUGCAGAGAUAGUUUUAGCUCUUGAGUAUCUUCACCAACACAACAUAUUCUAUCGAGAUCUGAAGCCAGAAAAUAUCCUGCUAGAUCAAGAUGGACACAUUAAGCUAACUGAUUUCGGUAUUAGCAGAAUCAACUUCACUGAGCGAGAAAGAUCUAACAGUUUUUGUGGAAGUCCCGAGUAUAUGAGCCCAGAGAUGCUUAGACAGGGUAGAGUGCAUGGAAGAUCUUUGGAUUUCUACUCGUUAGGCUCGCUUUUAUUUGAAAUGCUAACUGGACUGCCGCCUCAUUUUUCUGAGAAUAGAGAUGAGAUGUAUAGAAAAAUACUUCAUAAUAAAGUUGAAUAUCCUAAAUAUCUAUCCCCUAUGGCAAAGUCUCUAUUGAAAGGCUUGCUAGUCAAGAAUCCAGAGUAAAGAUUAGGUUCUGCUUAUGGGAUUCAGGAAAUCAAAGAUCAUCCAUUUUGCAUGGAUAUUAACUGGGAUGAUGUCAUUAAUAAGCGACUUCUCCCGCCAAUCAAACCCUCUCAGAAAUAUUCGAAUUUCGAUCCUGAGUACACUAAUCUCCCCGUAAGAUUUACCUAUGAGGAGGACUUUCAAGAACCUGUCCUGAAAAGAAGAAAAAGCGAUCCAGGCGGUGCUUUCGAUGUAUAUUCAGCACAAAUCAAGAACACAGGCAAUGAAAUAGUAAACUGGUUCUAGUAAGCCUUCAUGUUUCCAAGUCAAGGUUCUGAUCAAUAGCUUAAAGAUAAGUUCUAUUAGCAUUUAGCUUCUCAAAGGGGAACUUAAAACUUAGAUGCAUCUCAAUUCAUUGAUCCAACAUUGGUAUAGGUACAAAGAGGUGUAUCUUAAACAUUUAGAGGAUAUUCUUUCUUAAAGAACAAUGAAAACUAGACAAACUAACAGUUUAUUGAUCAAAAUAGACUAUCAGAUGCAAUAAUAAAACAGCAAUUUAGUUAAGCCAGUAAUCAGCCAACUGAUAAUUUCCAUCCUGAAAACAUUAAGUCAUAACUGUAGUAACUAUCCCACUAGUUCCCAAAUAUCUAUAACAUUCCAGAUGAUUAUAUAUUUACUACAGGAGGUUAAAGAAGCAGAACAGUAAGUUUCGCAAAUUAAUCUAUGCUUACUGAGGGCAUUGAACAGAAAAAUAUAUAUGCUAUGAAUUUCUAAGGUUUUAAUCAACUAUUUUCGGACAUCUAAAUCAAGGCUAAUGAGACUGAAUUCAACUCUUACAAUGCAUAAUUUCUUAAAAGAUGGAAAAUGAUCAAUGAGAUUGAUUGGGAAAAUACUGGCCAGUCAUUCAUUACAAAAUUCUUCAAAGAAAAAAAUAGUCCCUAUACUCAGCAUCUAGCUGGCUAGACAAAUAAGUUUUCUGGAAAGGAGCUUAGUACUUGGGACUACACUAAUGUAUAAAUAAAUAUGAAUAAAAUACCCCACAUGGAAGAAAAUAAGAUAACAGAGCAAGACUUAGAAGCAGAUAAUGAAAUGAUUUAUAAGCCACCUAACUAGGAAAAAAUUAAUGUGGACUAAAAGAUAACUUAGAUACUGAUUUAGGACUAAAGUUAAAAUCUAGACAAGUACACCAAAAACUUGAUUAUAUACAACGAUGUCAUAAAUAAUGUAAAGAGCGAGAGAAAAAGAGCUCCUAAGAAUUAGACUAAGAAGAUUCAGAGUAGGCAAAUUGAUAUUAUUGAUAAUCAAAUAAACGAUAAAAUUAUAAACAAAGAUGAUCCAUUUUCAUUGACCAGAGGCGAAAGAAGAAAGCCUGUUUAAAGUGUGCAUACCAACUAAAACCCAUUGUAAUUUGGAGAAAACCGUCGAAGAAUAGACAGUAACUACUCUAAGAAAAGUGGAGGGGACAAGGAUGAUCACAGUAACAUUGCAAAGCAGCACUAGGACAAGAGCGCAGAACCAUUAAGAAUUAAGGAUAAACAGCAAAGUCUAGAGCCUGCAAUCAUUAAAUCGAAUCAUUUGGCUUUAGAUACUGGUAGAUUACUUUCAGCCAAGAAGUAAAGCAUCGGCAAAUCCUAUCAAACUCAUCGAGAAAAAAGAGACUUAUAGUAGAUAAGCGAAAGCAAUUUUACAACUAAAGGAUCCAUUAUCAAGUCAAGCGAUAAAUUUGCUAGCAACACUAAUUCUGUUAGUAAUUCUAAUUUUCCUUCAUCACCAAGGAGCAAACUAAAAUCAUCUGUAGUCUAAUAACAAACAGAGAAAAGAUCAACUGUCGGAGUAAAUUCUAAAAUCUAAAAGUCAUAAACAGUUACAUUUAGUGCAGGCAAAGAUAAAUAAAAUGUUAACUUCAAAAGUAGAAAUGCUGGCUCUGGUCAGUAAAAUAUAGCAUCAACCGGUUCAGAGUCAAAAACUUUUAGCAAAUAAGGUUCAGUCACUUAGAGAAGAGAUUCUGGAAAGGAUUUAACCUCUACUCCGAAUCCCACUACUUUUAAAAUGAAGGCUACAUAGCUCGAACAGAUUAAUGAAACUGAGCACCUUGACUAUGGAAAUACUGAUCUACAGAACUAAAAAUCUUCCUCAGGAAUUGGCCACUAACUUUAAAAACUUCUAGAUUCAAACAACAAGGCUGCUGUGAAUAAAGAUGUUAAUUUACUGAGCGAUGAGAAGAGGUAGAAAAGAGCUCAAGGUUCAGUUUUAUCUCCACCGGGUAAGAAUGAGAUGGACGGUAAAAAGCCUUUCUUAAAAGGCUUUUCAAAUAGCAUAUUGACUCCAAAGGGAGCAAGGCUUAAGACUAGAUCCUUGUAUGAUCCUGCAACUAAAAUCCUAAAAAAGAAGGAUGAAGAAGACAAGCAAGCUUUUGAUACUACACUUUAAAAUUCAUAAUAAUUUGAAGAUAAGUAGCCAAAUAAUGGGUAAGCCAGAAGUAAGAGCAGCUCUUCUUUUGAUGAUUUGGAAGAAAAUGUUGAUGAAUUCAUGUCAAAUGAAAACUAGAACUUCUAAAAAAUUAAGAAUCCCUCAUUGAUGUCGUCUAUAGUAAACAACUCAUCAAAGCAUAUUGAAAAUUCAGGUCAUUCAAGCUCUGUAUUGCAACCUAACCCUUCAUACUUUUAAUCUAUACUAAUGACUCCCUAACAUAAUCAUAACACAAAGACAAUUGCUAGUGUGAAUGCUAAAAACCAUAUCAAUUAGUCAGCUGGAAAGCCCACCAAUAUCACUUCACUUUAAACUGAGUUUAAAGAGUAGAGCAUGACUAACACAUUGUCAAUAUCACCUCAAAGAGCAAAGAAGAAUAGCAUGCAUACAUAGUUUGUACCUUUACCUCUCUCAGACUUAAAAACAUAGAAAAAAAAUACUAAUAAUUUAAGUCCAGACAAUAAUGAAAUUGACAAUCAGAGAAAAGGCAAGUCAAGAUCAGUUUGGAUGGAAUCAACAGUUUUGAAAAACAAUAACUUAUUGCAAAUACCGAUGAUGUCUUUGUAGACUUAGAAUGACUCGCUUCAGCCUAGCGAAGUAGCUUCAAGAUUAACAACCAAGAUUGGACACACUUAAAGGAUUGAGGAAGAGGAAUAUGAGCCAGUCAGAGUUAUGAUGUAUAACGACAAACCUGUUAGAUAGUAGUCUAAGGAAUCAGUGUAAAUGAAGCCAAGUAGAAGUUAGAAGAAGUUCAACAAUGGUCUUAGCGGGGGUAAUGCCAAUAACAAUAACUCUGGAUCCCAAAUUGGGAAAAUUCAAAAGAAAUGA